GAAUUUUGUCCUCUUCCAGUGCUUAUCGCAGCUCAACUCGAUUUUCGGGCGAUGUGGCACUACAAUGCAUCGAAAUUCACGUUUAUAACCUCUCCACAUCAUCAACAGUCUUCACUGAAUAACACCAGUGAUCUAUUUCACGUGUAUUCAUCUUCUCUGUGAUAAAAUAAACUCUAAAUUGCUAAUAAAUAAUCUAAAAAGUGUCACACUAGUGUGAACGAAUCAAACUGUCAAAAUUACAAAGAUAUGUUUGUGAUCAAUAACACAAGAUGAAUGUAUUAUUAAACAUAUUUGGUGCUUUAUAUUUUUUGAGCAUUUGCAAUUUAUCGUCUGCCUGGGACAACGAGGAAUUGGAGGUCUUCGAUGUCGUCGAGGAGGUCAAUCAAAAUUUUUAUGAACUCCUGGGAGUGUCACAGGAUGCAAAUGGCACGACAAUCAGAAAAGCAUUCCGUCAAUUAUCUUUACAACUUCAUCCAGACAAGAACGAUGCAGUGGAUGCAGAUGUUAAAUUUAGAAAUCUCGUGUCUGUCUACGAAGUACUGAAGGAUCCAAAUCGUAGAAAGCACUAUGACAAUGUUCUCAUCAAUGGUCUCCCCAACUGGAGAUCAGCUGUGUACUACUACCGUCAUGUCCGGAAGAUGGGAUUGGUGGAGAUGAGUGUGAUCCUCUUCAGUAUCAUCACAAUCGGCCAAUACCUCGUGGCGUGGGCUGCGUACUUUGAAAAGCGUUACACAUACGAGCAAGUACUGGGUAGUAAACUCCAGAAACUCCAGAAAAAAAAUAAAAAGGGAAAGAUGGAGGUGCCAGACUUAGCGGAUAUUCUCCAGAAAAUUCCAACGCCAAGUGUUUACAACACUCUGCCGUUUCAAUUACCCUGCUGGACAUUUUAUUCCAUUGUUGGAAUUCCUUCAACGAUACGAGCAAUUAGGGACGUCAUUGAGGAGAGAAAACGCAGAAAAAAGGAAGAGGAAGAGGCUGCCCUGGCUGAAGAGGAGGAGUCUGAACCUGAGCCAAUCCCAAGGGGUCCAAGAAGACGCAGACAAGGAUUUACACCUCAAGAGCACAGUGGUAACGCCACUGAAACAACUAAGAGAGAAUCCACGAGGCAAAAUCAUGUCCAAGAGAAACCCAGAGCCGCUGGGGGUCUUUGGACUGAUGAUGAUCUUCUCGAGUUGAUAAAACUUGUCAAGAAAUUUCCUGGAGGUACACCAGAUCGGUGGGAGAAAAUCGCUGAUGCCAUGAACAGGACCGUCUACGAAGUGACCCACAUGGCAAAGAAAGUGAAAGACGAGGGGCUUAAACCUAGUCAGUCUUCUGAUGAGCCUCCGAUGGAUUCCCAGCCAAAGAAAGUCAAGACACGAGCAGAAUGUGCUGAGGGAACUGAGUGGAGUCAGGAACAACAGAAGGCACUGGAGUCUGCUUUGCUGAAACAUCCGAAAGGAGCCGCCGGGGAUAGAUGGGAAAAAAUUUCCGCCUGUGUCGAAGGAAAAACAAAGGAGGAGUGCCAAUUGAGAUAUCGACAGUUAGUAGAACUCGUGAAAAAGAAGUCACAGCCGCAGGAGCAGUCCCAAUGAAUCUCCAAAUAUCUCCGUAUGUAAAAAGCAGCAGACUUUUAUUCCAACAAGCUUCCUACGACAUUAUCACAACUCCCAGGACCAAAAAAAAAAACUCAAAGGAUUUUAUCUGAUUAAAAGUCCAUUCAGUCCGAAAGCACUAGAGAAUCAAUAACCCUUCCCUCCCUCGAAAAGCCCAAAAAAUGUUGACGUGUAAAUAAACCCCAAAAUUUUCAUUACCAAUAAACAAAAUGAAUGAAACAAGA